GCGACAUUUGGCAGAAUUAUAGCAUGACACGUGGCGAAGCUGACAUGUCACAUUCUUAGGAAACUAAUGAUGAGGUGGAACCUGAGUUGUCAUUCACGCUUAAUAAACCGGAAGAAAAAAAGGGAGUGUAUUCGCAGACCUACGCUCCUCUUUAUCGCAAUCUUCGCUGAUCCCCUUUUCUUCUUCAAUCGCUCUUUCCUUCACCAUCUCUUUCAUUUUCUUUGGAAUUUCGCACAAAUUAGGAGAGAAAUUAAUCACCUUUCCUUCCCAAGAUCGGAAUUGCAUUCAUGGACACUCGGAUCGACGAUUAACAAAGACAUAAAUUUGGCGUAGGCAUUUACUCUCAAUUUGAAGACAAAAUCCGGCGUAUCAUUGAUUCCUUCCCAAAAUUAGGUAUGAAUUUCCUUCAUUUCAUUAAUCCACAAAUUUUAUUACUAUUUUUUUAUUGGCUUGAUUUUCCCCGGCCCAAAUUGUUAGGGUUUCUUUCUUGACAUAUAUAUUGCGUUGCUUUUAGUAUCAUAAAAGUAAUUUGUUGAUGAAAGUUGUAGAGGCGAUUGAGCCCAAUGUCGAUCUUGCUGAUUGUGUUGAACUUCAACAAUAGGUACUCUAAUUCUACUAUUUUCUUAGACACCCUAUUUGAGUUAUUUUGCUCUGCUUUGCUUUUAAUUUGUAGUUUGCUUUCUUUUUAAUGUGUUUUCUAUGUAUUGGUUUGUCUUUGGAUGAAUUGUUAGUUUUUGGAACCACAGUUUAUUAGCAACUUGCAACUUGACUAAAUCAUCUCAUUAAUUUUUUGCAUGCAUUUUUCAUGUUAUUUAAUUUUAGAUGAUUUGAAUAAAUCAUUCUGAGGUAACUGAUAAUGUAAGGUGGUUAAAAAUUUCUAUAAAACAUUUUAUUCUUAUUAUAAUGUUCUAUUUCAAAACAAAGUGAACACGUUUGUUAUUUUAGUUUUAUACAUGCGCUUUAUUGAUUUUAUACAUAGUUCCCUUCAACGCUGAGAGAUUUGAUUUGGUAAAGAAGAAAGCGUCUUCCAUUUCGUGACCAGGACAUAAUCUAGCUAGGAGUUGCAGGGGAUGCAUAAAAGACAAAGAUUGUGAUGGAGAAUACAUAGUGUGUUACUACUAUAUGGAGAUGAAGCAUAGUGUGUGAAUUGUGCUAAGAACAGCGCAUCUAUGGCAUCCACUGUCAAAUUUAAGACCAGCUUCAACCAUUUCAAACCAGCAACAUGGUUUCUCAAGAGUAUAUGUUUUAAGAAAUACAUUUAUCAGUUAAAGGAUGAAAAGUAAUAAUAUUAUCAUCAGUGCUUGAGAAUAUAUAUUAUGUUGAAAAAAAUUUAGAGUCGACAAAAAUUUCGUUUGCCCCCGUGCAUGGCACGGGUUAGAACACUAGUAAAUAAAAAAAAGAGAGAAAGGGAUAAGGGGAGUAAAAAGCAAAAAGAAGAGGUGAAGGAGGCAGUAGCUAUACGCAGGAAAAGGGGAGAAAAAGAAGGAUUUCCGCCACACUGUGCAGCAGCCCCGUUUUCUGUUCGGAUCGAAGGCCAAACGAAGUCCGAUCGUGCUCAAAUUUUAGUAUGUUGUUCCUCACAUACUCCUCUUCAAAUCCAACGGUCAGAUUCUCAUUUUGAUGCCCGGAAGGCUGUUUUCUAGCUGCAUUUUCAGACCUGCGUUUUUGGGAGUUUUUACUCCAUUUUAUGUUGAAUUGUUGAUUGUUGUUGUUCCAAGGUUGCUCCUUGAUGAUUGUGUAUGCCUCUAGUAUUUACUAGAGAGGAGAACUUGUUGUACCCACUUGGUUCUUGGUGAUUAGUGGAAGUUUGGGUGCCGUUGUUGAGCGGCCGUGGUUUUCUCCCCGAUUUGGGGUUUCCACGUAAAUCGUGUGUUCUUUAUUUUAUUUCCGUUGCUAUCUAUUUGUGGUGUUGGUUCUGAUUUUUGGAGUAUAUUGUGCUUUGUUUUUCAUCUCAUUAAUUUGGGGAAAAGAUUUUAUACGCUUCCGUUGUGUUUUGUUCCGUGCUUCCCCAACAAAGUGGUAUCAGAGCUUGAUUAUUUUUUGGUUGGCUUCUUGUGUUGUUUAUGAUGGAUGACAAAGUAAUUGUUCAAGGAAUGGUUAGUUUGGACUCUACGAAUUAUUCAAUUUGGAAAAUUCGUAUUGAGGAUUAUUUAUGCUCUAAAGA